GAGAAAUAUAAUACUAGCGAAGCAAACAAUGAUGAAGGCUUUCUCAUCCCUCUUCUUCCUAAGCUAUAUCCCGCUACCGCCGGCCGUCGUCCUCCUUGUCUCCCUCCUCAUCCUUCCGAUAACUCUCAAGACUUUCCUUCUCCUCUGGCACAAACCAAAGAAAACAGAGCGUUUCUUCUUUGACCAAGGCCUCCUCGGCCCUCCCUACCGCUUCCUCCUCGGCAACCUCACCGAAAUGGUUUCUCUAAUGCUUGCCGCCUCCUCCAAGCCCAUCACUCCUCCCUUCUCCCACAACAUCCUCCCUCGCGUCCUCUCCUUCUACAAUCACUGGAACAAAACCUAUGGUUCCACGUUUCUCUUCUGGUUCGGCCCGACGCCUCGGCUAGCUGUGGCCGACCCUGAGCUUAUCCGCGAGAUCUUCAUCACGAAAGCAGAGUUCUUUGACCGCUACGAAUCCCAUCCACUCAUUCGGCAGCUCGAGGGCGAAGGGCUGGUUAAUCUCAGCGGACAUCAAUGGGCUUUGCAUCGGAAACUAAUCUCCCCUGUUUUCCAUAUCGAUAACCUCAAAAUGUUAAUGGCUUCAGUGGGGGAGACGAUGGUCGGCAUUCUGGAAAAGGUUGCGGCGACGGCGGCCGCUAACGGCGGAGAAGGGGGAGUUGAGGUGGAUGUAGCAGAGUUGUAUCAUAGCAUGACGGAAGAAGCUGUGACUCGGUCCACUUUUGGGCGUAGUAGCUUCGACGACGGUAAGGUUGUGUUCCAGUUGCAGACGAAGCUCAUGGCCUUUGCUGCAGAGGCUUUUAACAGAGUUUUCAUCCCUGGCUACAGGUUCUUGCCAACGGUGAGGAACCGGAUAAGAUGGAAGCUGGACAGGGAAAUAAAGGAAAAGCUCCUGAAGUUGGUCAGUUGCCGGAAAGAGGCGGCGGCGGCGGGAGAGGCCAAGUACUUGCUUAGGCAAAUGAGUUCACCGGCGGCGGCGGGGAUAUCUCACAGCGAUAUCGUUGAGGAGUGCAAGACUUUCUUCUUCGCGGGCAAGCAGACCACGACGAAUCUGCUGACGUGGACCACAGUGCUCCUCGCAAUGCAUCCUGAGUGGCAGGACCGGGCACGUGAGGAACUCCGCCGCGUCUGCGGCGCAUGUGACCUCCCCUCCAUGGCCGACCUCCCCAACCUCAAGACGCUGGGGAUGAUAGUGAACGAGACGUUGCGGUUGUACCCGCCGGCGGUGGCGACGAUCCGGCGGGCGAAAGCUGACGUGGAGCUGGGCGGGUAUCGUGUCCCGCGGGGUACCGAGAUUCUGGUUCCCAUCAUCGCGGUCCACCAUGACGCGGGGCUGUGGGGUCCGGAUGCGGAGCGGUUCAAUCCGGCCCGGUUCGCAUACGGGGCGAGCCGGGCAGCCCGGCACCCAAACGCCUUCAUGCCGUUUGGGCUUGGGGAGCGCACCUGCAUAGGCCGUGGGCUGGCUGUGCUGGAGGCUAAGAUGGGGCUUGCCGCAGUGCUCAGACGCUUUAAGAUUCGUGUUUCAAGUAAUUAUGUUCAUGCGCCGACGGUCUUGAUGAUGUUGUACCCUCAAUAUGGUGCGCCCGUAAUCUUUAGCAGGAUUUGUGAGGAUAGAUAAACAACACAGGAUAACCAUUCUAGAAUUAGUCUUCAUUUGCAACAGUUUUUUUAUUGCUGUUUUAAAGUAGUUUUUUAGUAAAUUUUUUUUUUCUAAAAAAUAUCUUUAAG